GAGUGCAGCCUGUCGUCUUCGGAAACCGCGCGGAGACAGGAGGUGGUACCGAAAAAAAAAACUGCUGCUCUGGUGCCUGCCUGACUGCCUGACUGCCAAUAGCGUACACAACCAGGCAGAAGAGAGAAGCACGUUUCGGAGCGGAGAUCGAGACGGCAGAGAAAGUGAGUGUCAUCCUCAUCAAUAUCUCGGAGUGAGUGAAACGCGAAGCAGGCAUGGCUUCUUCGGCAACCCUGACAGCGGGCGACAGCAUGGCGGCAGAACCGUUCCUGCGACGGGAUCCCCGCACCAUUGAAUGGGCACUGGCCGGCAAUAAACAGUUCCUCAUCACCCUGUUCGUCGCGUACGUCUACAUCGUCAAGGUGGGAGGGCCGCGGUUCAUGAAAGGCCGCAAGCCGUACGACGGCAUCAAGCCGCUCAUCAUCGUGUACAACGCGGCCAUGGUCCUGCUCAACUGCUACUUCGUGGUGGCCUUCCUCUCCAAGUCGUACCUGGGGGGCGGCUACAACCUCCUCUGCCAAGGCAUCAACUACGAGGCCCGCGACGAGGUCACCAUGAGCAUGCUCACGCUCUGCUGGUGGUACCUGAUGGUGAGGAUCGCCGACUUUCUGGACACCUUCUUCUUCGUGCUCCGCAAGAAGGACUCGCACAUCUCCUUCCUGCACGUCGUGCACCACAUCUUGGUGGUCUUCAACGGCUGGUUCGGGCUGGCCUACGGUCCCGACGGCCAGGUCGCUCUCGGCGUCAUCCUCAACAGCUUCGUGCACGUGGUAAUGUACAGCUACUACUUCCUCUCACUGCUCGGCCCGUCCGUGCAGAAGCACCUGUGGUGGAAACGCUACCUCACCCAGUUCCAGCUCGUCCAGUUUGUCAUGAUUUUCUUGCACACACUGAUGCCGUUUUUCAUCAGCUGCGGCUACCCGAGGCCGCACACCUACAUCAUGCUGUGCGAGGCGGUCUUCUUCUUCGCCAUGUUCGUGCGCUUCUACAUUAAGGCCUACAGCGACAAGAGGGGUCCCAGCAUAAAGGGUGAAAGCGUCAAGAACAAGGCUCACUGAGAAUUCCGACCAGCACAUAAGUCCACCAAGAUUUGGUUUGAAGACAGAGUAGCGCGAAAAGAGGUCGACCUACGGAGAGAAACGACAAGUGGUAACGCUGCGUCUCUUGUUGUUCUAUUCUGUUUACGAACUCACCUCUCCAUCCUGUGAUAUAGGCGAAAGACUGAAGCACUGUUUUGUUGUCAUCUCAUGGACCAUUUUCCUUAGUUUUGUUUUUCAGCGAACGAAUAGGGAGUCGCACGAACGAAUAGCGAGUCAACUUUUAUUCGUAGAUUCAGUUUACUGGCACUCAUAGAGCGGUCUCAAUGGCAGAAAUUUCGUGUUACGUUGCAGGGCAAGAAUUAUCAAGAGCAUUCGCUGGCUGCUAACAGCUUCAGAGACGCGAUCUAUUUGCACCCGCAACUUGUCAUGCUGGUGGUGGCAUAUCGUAUAUGGUGACAUUUCAAGAUGGUCAUCACAUCGCAGUAUAUGGUCAAAUGAUCAUCGCAUCAUAAUAUCUUGAAUUUAAGACUGAAAUUUAAGCGUCCGCAAUAGAGUGAGCGUCACUUUCGCUAUUUCUUUUUUUGUGUGAGCACGCGUACUUCAUAUCAUUUGUGCCUUCAAUAUGGUGCUCCAAGCCACAAGCAGUUCCGGGCAGAGCCAUGCGAGUACGCUUCGAACUACCUUAAUUUCUGCGUGGUCUUCGAGUGAAAACGCAAAGUUUUGUCAAACCCCGCUUCCCUCUCGGAGCGUUACAUUUCCACAAGAGCGUCGUCCUCGUCCUCGCUGAACCAUGAUUCAACGACGUUGGUAGGAUAGGACGACAAGUGGUAGGGAGCUAAGUUAUAUAGAAACGUUGUGCCAGGACGAAUACCACGAUGUGAAACGUUGACUUUUCACGUUUCGUGGGCGCCAGACGUACAGGCGUCGAUCCCGCGACGUCUUUUUAACAGCUGUUUAUGUUUGUUACAUUUUUGUUGUUGUUAUACCGUAUUGUUAUUGUGUGUUGUACAUUUCCUCACUUGCACUGGUCACUUCAUGUUGUAAAUAAAGUAUUUUUGCCGCUGUUCU